AUGGAUUGUCUUCGUGCAUUUCUUGCCAAGCUCCAGAAUUGGCAAAGGAAAGUCAAUGCAGGAAAUGUUGCCAUGUUUGAGAAUCUUUCAACUGUUCUUGAUGAGAAUGAAGAUCAUCUGCUCGACCCAUUACUCAAAACUGAAAUCACUCAGCACCUGAAAUCCUUGGAAAGUGAGCUCAAAAACUAUUUUCCAGAAUUCGAGGAGGAAGAUGGGAAAUUGGUGAGGAAUCCUUUCUCUGGCACUCUUGAUAUUGCUACCAUUCCCAGUGAUGUUCAGGACGAAUUUCUUGAUCUCAAGAAUGAUUCUGUUGCCAAAGAUCUCUAUGAAGAAAGAUCUCUGACUGUAUUCUGGCGCUCAAUGUAUCAGUCAUAUCUAAAAGUUAGCGAGAUUGCACUUCGAGUCCUCUUGCCCUUUUCAACUACCUAUUUAUGCGAAUGUGGUUUCUCCACCCUUCUACAUAUAAAGAGUAAAAGCCGGAACCGACUGGGUGUGGACCCGGACAUGAGAUGUGCAUUGUCAGUACACAACCUCGGAUCAGUCACCUGA